AGAAAGAUAAGCUUUAUUGGCUUGUGUAAAAGAGUUAAUUGUACUUAUAGUCCGACCAGUGUAAACUAAUUGAUAGCCAUGCUACUAACAUUGGCCCUACUAGGUGAGGUCCUCUAUGUGGUCUACAGUUUUUACAACAACGCCUAUAUGUACUGGGCGAGGCGAGGAGUACCUCACGAGCCCCCAUUGCCUCUGAUUGGCAAUAUGAAGGGAAUGGGGACCAAGUAGGACAUAACUGAACGGCUCUACGAGAAGUUCAAGGAAUCUCCCUUCGCGGGAAUGUUCAUGUUCCUCAAGCGAACCGCUGUGAUCAACGAUCCUGAUCUGAUCAAACGAUUUUAUAUCAAGGACUUUCAUUACAUCCGCGGCGUUUACAUCAAUGUCCGAGAUGACCCCCUGACGGUACAUCUUCUCACUCUGGGGGGCAAGGCAUGGCGAUCGAUGAGGCAGAAGCUCACCCCGGUUUUCAGUUCCGGAAAAAUCAAGCAAAUGUCUCCACCAUCACGGAGGUGGCACACCACCCGAUGAUCUGACCGCUUUAUUAAGUGAAACAAUUUCAUCGGUCAGUUAACUGAACUCCGUGCCGAGGACGAAGAGGCGGCCAAGAAGGGCGAAGGAGUUUAUCUUUCCAAGGGCUUGACCCUGGAGCAAAUGGCUGCCCAGUCAUUUGUGUUCUUUAUAGCUGGAUUCGAGACUUCAUUGAGUACGAUGGCCUUCUGCUUGUAUGAGCUAGCCCUAAAUCAGGAAAUUUAGGAUCGAGUUAGGGAUGAAAUUGACAGUGUUCUGGACGGAGGAGAUAUAUCUUACGACUGCCUGGCCAAAAUGACUUAUUUGGAGCAGUUUGUUUCUGAAACCCUCCGAAAGCAUCCAGUUAUUUCGCAGAUUGUUCGCGAGUGCAAUCAGAACUACAAAGUACCCAAUUCGUGGUUAGUCAUUGAAAAGGGAACUUCCGUCUUGAUAUCUGUUCACAACAUCCACCACGAUGCUGAUUUGUAUCCCGAGCCCGAACGCUUCGAUCCCAGUCGGUUGGAGCCGGAGGAAGUAAAGUCCCGGCACCCGUUGUCCUAUCUGCCAUUCGGGGAUGGCCCGCGAAGUUGCAUCGGUCUCCGCUUUGGUAAAAUGCAGACCAUGAUCGGUAUAUCCUCUUUGCUGCAUAGCUUCAACUUCGACGUUUCAAAGAAAACCGAGAUCCCCCUGAAACUGGACCCUCGCAGCAAUACUCUGUCCCCCCCACAUGGCAUUCACUUGAAACUGUUUGUUGUGAACCUUAACCAGAAUCUGUUUGAUAACUUUGGCUGUGAAAAAUGUGCUCAGGUGUAUCCGUACGAACAAUCUCUCGCCGGGUUCCGAGUGUUGAAUCCCAUGAGCAGCUAUAAAUACAGCAGAAUUUCUAAUGCCGCGGCAGACGCUACACGGAGUUCUUCGCGCGUGGAGGCACAUUUCAAAGCGGUGGCAAUGGUUCUGAUUACUUUGACCCUGGUUUCGCUGGCAGUGGGGCUGCUGUAUGCCGUUCUGAUAUGGAACUACGACCACUGGAAAAAGCGGGGGGUGCCGGGCCCCAAGCCCAAGCUUUUUUGCGGCAACUACCCCAACAUGUUUAACAUGAAGCGGGCUACGAUCUACGAUCUGAACGACAUAUACAAGCAGUACAAACACAAGUACGACGCUGUGGGCAUUUUUAUGUCGCGCGCUCCCCAGCUCCUGGUUGUCAAUCCCGAGCUGGCCCGUCGAGUGUUCGUAUCUAACUUUAAAAACUUCCAUGACAAUGAGCUCGCCAAGAACUUUGACGAAAAAACUGACUUUAUUUUUGCGAACAAUCCGUUCUCGCUAACUGGCGAAAAGUGGAAGAACAGGCGGGCGGACGUGACUCCUGGUCUAACCAUGGGACGGAUUAAGACAGUCUAUCCGGUGACAAACAAGGUGUGCCACAAGCUGAGCGAGUGGGUGGAAAAGCAAUUGCGCCUGGGCUCGCCCGAUGGCAUCGAUGCCAAGCAUAUGAGCCUCUGCUUCACCUCCGAAAUGGUCACCGACUGCGUCCUGGGCCUGAGCGCGGAAAGCUUUACGGACAAGCCCACUCCCAUUAUGGCGCAUAUCAAGGACCUGUUUAACCAGCCCUGGACCUUCGUGCUGUUCUUUUUGCUGACCAGUAGCUUUCCAUCGUUGAGCCACUUGAUCAAACUGCGCUUCGUACCGCCCCAUGUGGAGCGCUUCUUUGUCGGCCUGAUGGGCAGUGCAGUGGAGGCCCGUCGCGCCCAAAAGUCCUCCGGAAAGCAGUUCGAGAGGUCCGACUUCCUGGACUACAUCCUACAGCUCGGCGAGAAGCGGAAGCUGGACAACCGUGGCUUACUGGCCUACUCCAUGACAUUCCUGCUGGACGGAUUCGAAACGACGGCCACGGUUCUGGCCCACAUGCUCCUCAACCUGGGUCGCAAUGGCCCGGCACAGGAGCUCCUCCGGGAGGAGAUUCGGGCCCAUCUGCAGGAGGGCAUCAUUAACUUCGAGAAGCUUAACGAAUUGCCCUAUUUGGAUGCUUGUCUGCAGGAAACCAUCCGCCUCUUCCCGCCCGCCUUUAUGGGCAAUAAGCUCUGCACCGAACCCAUCGAGCUGCCCAACGGGGAUGGCCCCAACUUCGUGGUGGAGAAGGGCACCACUGUGGUCGUACCCCACUAUUGCUUCAUGACGGAUGAAGACUUCUUUCCCGAUUCCCAGUCCUUCAAGCCAGAGAGAUUCAUGGAGCCCGAUGCGGCCAAAACGUUCCGGGAACGGGGUGUCUUCAUGGGAUUCGGAGAUGGUCCUCGCGUGUGCAUAGGAAUGCGGUUCGCCACAGCGCAGAUAAAGGCAGCCAUUGUGGAACUGAUCUCAAAGUUCAAUGUCAAGAUCAACGCCAAAACCCGCAAAGACAAUGAGAUUGACCCUGUCCAAGUGAUCACUAGUCUGCGAGGCGGCAUCUGGUUGGACCUUGAAAAAAUUUAGAGAUUCAAUUGACCCACCACUCAACUCAGUGAGAUGACAUAAAUGACUUUAGUGAGGUGCACGAUACCCCAGUCUAUUAUUACAUUAAAUAUAAUAGAAACCACGAGUGCGAUGGUUAAGCUUGCUAUA